AGCCCAAAGGGCGGACACCGCAGCGCCUUCCCGCUGUGGGCUGGGUAGCGAGCCCACCGCGUGCGCCCGAAGGGCUCCCGGGCGCCUGGGGCAGCUCCCUCCCCGCGGGAGCGCCUCACUGACAGAACGUGCGCGGGAAAGGCCCCGCUGAGAGAGCGUCGCUGCUUGCGGACAGGUAUCCUCCGUGUUUCUGCCGCUCGUAAAGAGCAAACAGCUUCUUUGCUGAAGAGAGGGAUAAGUAAUGAGGCUUCAAGACUGUCGAAAGCAGGUACUGAGGUUUCUGAAAGUGCCUUUAAGGCCUGCAGGGUUAAAAGGCGUCUAAAUUUAAAGUCAGACACCCUAUUAGAGACUGCAGAAACAUCUCCUAUUUAACUGCUUAUGUUUGUAGGUAUGAGUCAUUGAAUGGCAAUGACAAUGGGAGAUGCUGCAAAACCCUGCUUUGCCAAACAAAAUAAGGAGAAGGAAUUUCUGCAUGAAGAAGAGUUAAAAGGGAAUCCCCUACAUACAGACUACCAAGUCAUGGAUGAUGGUGCAAAUGGUCAUAGCAAUAAAAUAGAUAUCAGCACUCAGAAGAAAAAGGCAACACCAGCUCAUUAUGGAAAUAGUCCCAGACGAGGCCCACGUAGUGCUUUGAAUAGCCCAAAUUCACUUAAAAAUAUCAAUCACAACCAAACGUCAAAGUUACUUGAAAUGCAAAAAGAGCAAGUGAGGAAAUGGAUAUCUGAUGACCAUCGUGGUAAUUCUGACAGUUGGAGAGAGCACAGAUCUGCAGUCUGGAUUCCCACACUUAAUCGGACAAGAAAGGACUCUUUUCAGGAAGUUGAAGGUGCAGGAAACAGAAAUGUAAGAAGACAACUUCAGAAGGAUUCAACAAGUGAAGACAUUUCAGACAUGCAGAAAGGAGGCUCUGAAAUCAAGAAACAUCGGAAACCAAGGAGAUCAAGAAGAACUAGAAAAGAUGAGUAUGAUCAAGAUGAAGAGGUGGAUGCUCCAGUCAUAGAUGAAUCUCUGCUGUCGGCAAAGGAACUUCUCGGGUUGCAGCAGGCUGAGGAGAGAUUGAAGCGAGACUGCAUCUAUAGACUGAAGAAGCGACCCCGAAGCUAUCCAUCAGCGAAAUACACAUGCAAAUUGUGUGAUAUUUUGAUUGAGUCAGUGGCUUUUGCUCAUAAGCACAUGAAAGAGAAAAGACACAAGAAAAGUGUAAAGGAAAAGCAAGAGGAACUACUGUUGACUGCCCUGCCUCCUCCAACACCUUCCCAAAUACGAGCUAUUGGUGUUGCCAUUGAAAAUGUAGUGCAAGAGUUUGGUCUAAAUAAUGAAGAUUUAGAAGAAAGGCUCAAAAUUAAAACGACAAUGGAAAAUUUGCUGCAUCAGAACUUGCCAGAGAGCUCAUUAAGAUUGUAUGGCUCCUCCUGUAGCAGAUUUGGUUUCAAAACAUCAGACAUAAACAUAGAUAUCCAGUUUCCUGCCAACAUGGCUCAACCAGAUGUUCUUUUACUUGUGCAAGAAAGUCUAAGGAAUAGUGAAUCUUUUAUUGAAGUUGAAGCAGAUUUCCAUGCUAGAAUACCAGUGGUGGUGUGCAGAGAAAAACAAAGUGGUCUUACUUGUAAAGUAAGUGCUGGGAAUGAGAAUGCUUAUCUGACCACAAACCAUUUGGCUACUCUUGGGAAACUGGAACCUACAAUAGUACCUUUAGUGAUUGCCUUCAGGUACUGGGCAAAGCUGUGCUGUGUUGAUCGUCCUGAAGAAGGAGGCUUGUCACCUUAUGUAUUUGCUAUAAUGGUUAUCUUCUUUCUGCAACAGAGGAAAGAGCCAUUUCUACCUGUUUAUUUCGGAUCAUGGGUUGACGGAUUCUCAUUAAGCAAAUUAACAAAUUUUAGUCUUAAAGAAGUGGAAAAUGAUACUGUGGUUUGGGAGCAUAAUGCUCUUGAUGAUUCUGAUACACCAAAGGAAACUUCUCCUAAAAAGGGCAAGGUUCCCUUAGUAUUUGAUGAAGGACACCAGUGUUCAGCACCAGUUGGUCAGCUGUGGGUAGAGCUGCUUCGUUUCUAUGCCUUGGAGUUUAAUUUGGCUGAUUUGGUUAUUAGCAUACGACUUAAAGAAACCGUAUCUCGUGAAUUAAAGGACUGGCCGAAAAAGCGCAUUGCUGUGGAAGACCCAUAUUCAGUUAAAAGGAAUGUAGCAAGAACUCUGAACAGCCAGCUAGUGUAUGAGUAUACUCUUCACUGCCUGAGAGCAACAUACAAGUAUUUUGCCUUGCCUCACAAAAAAAACACCAAGUUCAACAAAAAAAUUCCUCCAAAUGUCACCAAGGAGAAUUCUCAUACACAGGACCCUGGAGGAGAUGCUAUAAAGCAUGCAAAUUCUGAAUUGCAGAACUUGAAUGGCAAAACAAACCCAGCAAUAGUAGAAGACUGCAGAGUCGACAAUACAGGUAUCCCUCAAACACACAGAAUUGAUCCUUCAAAACUAUGUGAUGGCUCAGAAAGCUUAACUGAAGAAGAACUGGCUGAUGAUACAAGUCAUUUGGAAAUUGCUCAUGAAGAUUCAGACUGUGUAAUUGAAGAAAUUAUUUCUGGAGAAAAUGAAGAUUUUAAACCAAGUUGUGAAGAGACAGAGAGUGGGAAUGAAGAAGAAGAAUAUGAGGAAGAACAUGAACAAGAAAGAAGGUGGAAUAACAACUUGAUGACUACCUAUCAUGUAAUAGACGAUGAUAGUGAAAGUGGAGAGCUCCCUGUUACAGUGAAUGAUCACGAUAUAGAAACAUGCAGUACUUCAGACUUGGAAGGUUUUCAGAACGCUAUUUUUACAGAGAGUGAUGAGUUUGGCUUAGAGUGCAGUGGGAUAACGGAUGGCAAGAUUGAUGUUGAUGAGGAGAGUACUGAAGGUACUGAUGAACUGGAUGAAUCCCCAAACAAAUUUGUCCCUUCAACACAGAAUCAAAUACCUGAAGUGAUGAACUCGGAUGAUGAAGAUGAAGAGGAAGAAGAACAAAGUCUUCCAAACCAGGCAAAGUGUGAUGAUACUAGAAGAGCUGAAGGUGAACUAGAUAACAUAUACACCGGGGAUGAGGACGCAAUGUCUGAGGAGGAGGAGGAGGAUUUGUCUCUCCCUAUUAAGUAUAAAGAAAAGCAUCUAAAAGAAAAUAUGGAUGGACCAGUGAGGAUUGAUUUGAGUCAAGAGGAUCUUGCAGAGAGAAGUGCUUUUGAAGAGAACAUGGCUAUAGAACAGUGUUCAGACUCUGAACUUUUUUAUGAAUUCAGUAAACCAGCUUUUACAAAGGGCAAGUCUCCUACAAUAGUAUGUAGCUUGUGCAAACGGGAAGGUCACUUAAAGAGAGAUUGUCCAGAAGACUUCAAAAAGAUUGAGCUAGACCCACUGCCAACGCUGACACCGAAAUUUUCAUUUAUUUUAGAUCAAGUUUGUAUCCAGUGUUACCAGGAUUUUGCUCCAAAUAUUAUAGAGGAUCAGGCUCGGGAACAUAUAAGACAAAAUUUAGAAAACUUCAUUAGACAGGACUUCCCAGGAACUAAGCUGAAUUUGUUUGGCUCAUCCAAAAAUGGUUUCGGCUUCAAACAAAGUGACCUUGAUAUCUGCAUGACUAUUGAUGGACUGGAAACUGCUGAGAGCCUUGAUUGCAUCCGAAUCAUUGAAGACUUAGCAAAAAUUCUCAAGAAACAUUCAGGUCUAAGAAAUGUCUUGCCUAUAACAACUGCUAAAGUCCCCAUAGUCAAAUUCUUCCAUGUCAGAAGUGGUCUUGAAGUAGACAUCAGUUUAUAUAACACACUGGCCUUGCAUAAUACAAGACUUCUGUCAUCAUAUGCAGCCAUCGAUCCUAGAGUAAAAUACCUGUGCUACACAAUGAAAGUCUUUACAAAGAUGUGUGAUAUUGGAGAUGCAUCUCGAGGUAGCCUUUCUUCUUAUGCAUAUACUCUCAUGGUGCUUUAUUUUCUUCAGCAAAGAAAUCCACCUGUUAUCCCUGUUCUUCAAGAGAUCUACAAAGAACCAAAGAAGCCUGAAAUUUUAGUUGAUGGCUGGAAUGUUUAUUUCUUUGAUAAGUUAGAAGAGUUGUCUGUUAUUUGGCCAGAAUAUGGCAAGAACACUGAAUCCAUUGGGCAGCUGUGGCUUGGACUUCUCCGUUUCUACACCGAGGAUUUUGAUUUUAAAGAGCAUGUCAUAUGCAUUAGGAGGAAAAGUCUGCUCACAACUUUCAAAAAGCAGUGGACUUCCAAAUACAUUGUAAUUGAAGAUCCCUUUGAUCUGAACCAUAAUCUUGGAGCUGGAUUAUCCAGAAAAAUGACAAACUUUAUAAUGAAGGCUUUUAUCAAUGGGAGGAGGGUAUUUGGUACCCCUAUAAAAAUAUUUCCUAAAGAAUAUCCAUCAAAAAUGGAGUAUUUCUUUGAUCCAGAGGUACUGACAGAAGGAGAAUUAGCACCAAAUGAUAGAUGCUGCAGAAUUUGUGGUAAAAUUGGACAUUUCAUGAAAGAUUGUCCCUUGAGAAGAAAACUGAGGCGACGGCAGGAUUUUGAAGAUACCAUAAACCAAAGGUACGCAGAAAACAAAGAGAAAAGAAGCAAAGAGGACAAAGAAAUUCAGAAUAAAGCAAUAGAAAGAGAGAGCUCAGUUAAGGAGGGAAAAUCAGAGCUAUGUACACCUCCAAAGAGCAAACUAACAAGGGCAUCACUGGAAGUUGGAAGAGACAAAGCUCUCAGGCAAUCAGCAGAAAAACGGAAGCGCCUGGAAGACAGAGACUUGAGAGAAAAACGUUGUUUUAUCUGUGGAAGAGAAGGCCACAUUAAAAAAGAAUGUCCACAAUAUAAAGGAGCUACAGGUAGUUCAAAACCCGAAGUGUCGUGUGGACCUCUUUCUUUACCCAGUGCUGCAAAAUAUGCUGGUAGAUUAAAUCAGGGAAUGCUUAUGCAUGAAGAAAAAAAGAAACAAAAAGGAAAAGUGUUUUUGAGUCCCCAGUCAGGCAGCCUUUCCAAUAAAUACAUGACUCAGGGAAAAGCCUCACAGAAGAGGACCCAGCAAGAAUCAUGAGGGAUAUGAAGCACUGCAAUACAGGCCAUUCAUUCAUUCUUAAAACUUUUUUGUUUCACCCUUUGGCUAAAACAUCUGGAUUCACAGGACAGCAGCAUAAAUGAUCUUCAACUUCAAAAAAAAUGGAUAUUUUAUCUAAGAUGGCUAGUUCAAAAUCUCUGGAUUUUAAUAUUGUCACUUCCAUGGAACCCUACUCUUAAAUAGAUUGCUUGAGUAUUUUAAUAGAAAGCCAUGAUGUUUAGUAUUUGUUUACUAGGUAAAACAUGUAGAUAAGGGCAGGUACUUAAAAAAUGGACCAUUUUCAAGGUUUUAUCAUUCAACCUGAUCCUUUCAAAAUGCACUAAAACUGUGUGCAAGCCAAAUAAAUGAUCUAUUUUCUUCAAAAAUGGAUUUUUUUGAAGGAGGAAAUAGUAUUUAUUAAUAUUGAUUGCUUACUGAAUCCUUAUGUAAAAGUAUUUGAAAUGUUUGUAAACUUCUACAACUGUGUUUGCAAACCUUUUCUUCUGUAGACAACUGAAAACAUGGGCAUAAGUAAACUUAUUUAAAAAAAAUCUAUAUGCAAGAGUCAAGCAAAGACAGUGCUCUUUUGUUUGUUUGUGUUUGUGGGAUUUUGUUUUGGUUUGGUUUUUUUUUUUGUUUUUUAAUAAUAUCCUGUAUGUGAUUUUAUGAGAGUUCAUUUGCUGCUGUGUUUGUGUACA